GCUAAUGUAAGGUCCGUAACUCAUGUCAACAAAACAUGGAAUCUAGACUACUGUACUAAUGAAAGAAUUUCAAUUGUAUUUUUUCUAUUCAUAGAUCUCUAAAUAAAGUCUAAAUCUAGGUCUAUUCUGUAUCCAAUUGAUACAUGUAUAUCUAUUUUGUGUAAAAUGUCAAAGACUCCCAAAGGAAAACAAUCGAAUACGCUUUUUGCAUAUUUUACUAAGACACCUAAACAGGAAAAGUCCAGCAGUGGUGAUGGAAAUGGUCAUGGUUUGAAUGGAGAUGUGCUGUCUCCUCGUAGAUCCCCGAAUUCGGAUAAGUCCAAGAAAAGUGGAAAAGAAACUCCUGAAGACAAAUCUCACAUUGUAUCUAAGAACAGCACAAUUAAGAAGGACAAAUCUGCCAUUUCAUUAUGGGAUGUUGUCUGGGCUAAACUGGAAGGCUUCCCCUGGUGGCCAAGUUUGGUAUGCAACCAUCCAACUCAAAAGACACAUUUUAAAGGAGGCAAAGUACCGCAAGUCCAUGUCCAAUUUUUUGAUGAUCCCCCAUCAAGAGCCUGGAUAAAAGAAAAAAACAUUAAGCCUUUCCUUGGUACCAGUGAUACUUCCUUUCAGAAAGGGGGACAAUUCUAUACACUCAAUAAUAAAAUACAAAAUGGAGCUAAAGAGGCAGACAAAGCACUAUUAUUGGAAGCUGACGAGAGGCUGAAACUUGUGGUGGAAUUGCAACCUUCUAGUGAGGAGGAGGAUGAGGAGGAGGAAGUUGAAGACAAAAUGGAUUUUGACCCUGAUAUCUUUGACGAUGAAAUGUCUGAUGGUGAAAAGAAGGUGGUUAAAGAAAAUAGUCAUGCUGAAGACAAAGACAAGGAGAACUCUGCGAAAAAACAAUCCCCAGACAAAGAGUCAACUGACAACAGUGAGACUCUGACAAAGUCAAAGAGAAAAGCAGCAAAAGAAGCAGCCAUUAAGAACAAGCGAAGAAAAAUUGUCAACUCUUUAAGUUCUGAUGAAGAUGAAGAGGAUGAAUUCAAGCCAGUAGGCUCAUCUGAUGAAGAAGAGGAUGAUGAUGAUGUCAGCACAGGAGAAGAGGAAGCAGAAGAGUCAUCAAUGGAGGAAGCCUCAGACCCAGAGUCUCCAGUGAAAGUGUCUCGAAAGCGUAAGAACAAUAGCACAAAAGCAACAAAAAGCAAAGCUAGGAAAGUCCUUGACCUCUCAGCUGCAACAGACAAAAAGACGAGCCCAACUAUAAGUGAAAAUACCAAAUCUAAGUUGUCAAUGUUCUCAUCUGCAGAGGCCAGUGCUGGAGAUGAUUCAUCGCAAAGAGACGUGUCCAAUUUUCCUCAUCUUCACCUGGACUUCAUGCAGCCCGAUAAAAUUAAAGAUGCAGACAAAAAGCUCAAAUCAGAUCCUGAAUACAAUCCAAAGACAUUAUAUGUGCCAGAGUCUUUUCUUAACAAGCAAACACCAGCAAUGCGACAGUGGUGGGAACUCAAAACUCAUCAUUUUGACACUGUGAUCUUCUUCAAGGUUGGCAAGUUCUAUGAGUUGUACCAUAUGGACGCAGUGACAGGAGUCAAUGAACUUGGUCUUAUUUAUAUGAAGGGUGAAUGGGCUCACUCUGGUUUCCCAGAAAUAGCUUACAAUCGUUAUGCUGAUGCCUUGAUACAGAAAGGUUACAAAGUUGCUAGGGUUGAGCAGACGGAGACUCCGGAGAUGAUGUCAGAACGAUGCAAAACAAUGGGAAGAGCAGCUUCCAAGUUUGACAAAGUUGUGAAAAGGGAAAUUUGUCAAGUCAGCACCCAAGGUACCAAAACUUACAACUAUUUAGAUGGCGACACUGGGGAUGCCACUAGCAAGUACAUUCUUGCUGUUUGUGAGAAAACAGAAAACAAAGAAGGUACCAGCUCAUACGGAGUUUGUUUUAUUGACACAUUUAUUGGAACCUUUCAUCUCGGGCAGUUUACUGAUGACCGCCAUUUGUCCCGGAUGCGUACAUUACUAGCACACUAUACUCCCACUCAGGUUCUCUAUGAGAGGGGUAGAAUCUCAGCGCAGACACUGCAACUAUUUAAUGCCAAUCUUACAAGUGCACUGAAAGAGCCGUUGUCACCAGGCAAGGAGUUUUGGGAGAGCAGUAAAACCUUAAAAACAUUGGCAGAAGAAGAUUACUUCCAAGUGGACGGUGGAGAUGUGAUACUGCCAGAUGUCAUUAAAAACAUGGUCUCAGAGAAUGAUGCUUUAGGGCUUACUGCAUCAGAAUCUAGUGACCUGGCUUUGAGGUCUCUUGGAGCUAUCAUUUGGUACCUGCAAUACUGUCUCCUGGAUCAAGAGCUUUUAUCCAUGAGAAAGUUUGAGGAAUACAAACCGAAAGACAACUGUGACGCCCCUACGAACAAGCGCAGCUCAUUUGACCCCAAACUUAGACAUAUGGUACUUGAUGGGGUCACCAUGGCUAACUUAGAUGUCGUCUGGAACUCAACCACACAAUCUCUUCAAGGAACUCUGCUGGAAAGGUUGAACACUUGCUGCACAGCAUUUGGCAAAAGAUUGUUUCACCAAUGGCUUUGUGCACCAUUGUGUCAGCCAUCAGCCAUUUGUGAUCGAUUAGAUGCUGUGGAUGAUCUCAUUCAGUUACCGGGGGUUGUUGAAGAGUGUGUGACCUUGAUGAAAAAAUUGCCAGACUUGGAGAGAUUGCUUAGCAGGAUACAUUCUUUGGGGUCUGCUGGGAAAAGCAAAAAUCACCCAGAUGGUCGGGCAAUAUUUUAUGAGGAAGUCACUUACAGUAAGCGAAAAAUUGAAGAUUUCUUGACCACUAUUGAAGGUUUUAGACUUGGAACAAAAAUUGUUGAAAAAUUCAGCCCAUCAAUCGCUACUUUAAAGUCCAAGCUCCUUACAAAGACAGUCAGCGUCUCAUCUACAGGAUCACAAAGCGGAGCUCAUUUCCCAGACAUCACAGAUGACUUGAACUUUUUUGAUACUGCUUUUGACCAUAAAAAGGCCAAGAAAGAUGGUGUCAUUGUACCAAGUAAAGGAGUUGAUGCUGAUUAUGAUCAAGCGCUAGAUGACAUUAAGUCUAUAGAAAAAGAGCUGGGUGACUUUUUGGAGGCCCAGAAGAAAGUUUUAAACUGUAGGUCUCUAGCAUAUUGGGGUACAGCCAAAAACAGAUUUCAAAUAGAAGUGCCAGAAUCUGCUUGGAAAAAUAUCCCAAACUCAUAUGAAUUGAUUUCUUCUAAAAAAGGAGCCAAGCGUUUCCGCACUUCUCAGAUCAAUGACCUUUUUAGACAGUUGAUGGAUGCGGAGGAAAGGAAAGAUGCCUGCUUGAAAGACAUCAUGCGCAGAAUAUUUCACAGCUUUGAUGAAAGACACAAGAAAUGGAUAGCUGUUGUUGAAUGCUUAUCAGUCUUGGAUGUUCUUAUAGCUCUAAGUAAUUACAGCCGAGCAGGGGAGGGAGAUAUGUGUAGACCUGAAUUUGUUUUACUUGAUGAGGACACUAAGCCAAUGUUAGAAAUACGAGACGGGCGUCAUCCGUGUGUGUCAAGAACAUUUGAAGGUGGUGACUUUAUCCCUAAUGAUACAGUUAUCGGAGCAAAAGAUGAGACUGAUGAAGACAGUGAUUACUCAGAAAGUCAAGUUGUACUGGUAACAGGACCCAACAUGGGGGGCAAGUCAACAUUGAUGCGCCAGGUCGGACUUAUUAUAAUAAUGGCCCAAAUGGGAUGUUAUGUUCCAGCAUCAAAAUGUCGUCUGACUCCAGUUGAUAGAAUAUUUACUAGACUUGGAGCUAGUGACAGAAUCAUGGCAGGGGAGAGCACCUUCUAUGUAGAGUUGAGUGAGACGUCUGCCAUACUGAGACAAGCUACUCAACACUCUUUAGUAUUAAUGGAUGAGCUGGGAAGAGGUACUGCCACCUAUGACGGUACAGCGAUAGCCAGUGCUGUUGUCAAGGAGCUUUCAGAGGUCAUCAAGUGUCGGUCUCUGUUUUCCACUCAUUAUCAUUCCCUCGUGGAACAUUUCAAACACGACUCGAAUGUCAGGCUGGGACACAUGGCUUGCAUGGUUGAGAAUGAGAAUGAUGAAGACCCUUCCCAAGAGACCAUUACCUUUCUGUACAAAUUUGUCAGAGGAGCAUGUCCUAAAAGUUAUGGUUUCAACGCUGCACGUUUGGCCAGUAUUCCUGAAGAGGUUAUCAAAUGUGCCAUCCAAAAGUCAAAGAAGUUUGAGAGCUCAGUUGAAAGUAAUAAAAUGUUCAGAACUGUUUGGAAAACUACCUCAUCCAGCGAUCUGUUGACCCUCAUGAAAACUGUAUCACUCAACUAGUUGUGUUUUUUUUUGGUUGGGUUACUUUGUUCUUGUAAAUUGAUCAUUCAUUCAAUCAUUCAUAUUUUUCUAUAAAUGAGAUGUAUAUAAAUACACAAUAUAUUCUGGAUCACCACAAAUGUAAUAAUAGAACCACAAUUGAUAACUUUGGUUAUCUGAAGAAAAUGAUUAUAGUUUUAAAUGACUAAUAAUAAAUUUAGUUUUCUAAUGA